GGCGACGCGCAGGCAAAAACUACAAACGCGAGACUCGCUUUACGCCACGUUGGGCUGUUGCCGUAAGGAUAAUUUUAGGUAUUUACGAGACAUAUUUCAGUUCGCGUUUCUUGGCGCCUAGGCUCAGGCUGUUGAAAGAUAAUUUUUUUAGGGCAAAUUUUGUGCUUUUUCGACAGUAAAUGAAGCAAAAUCCGGAAUCAACUGAAGCGGAACCGAUGACAGACAAAAAGGGAGGCAGUGGGACAAACUGAGAAACACAGGAAACACCCAUUGAAUUUUUGGAAGGGAAUAUCGAGUUUCUACAUAAUUAUAUUAUCUUUCAACCCACAGUUAGGGAAAAUUAUAGAUUCAGUUAACGUGUAAACAUAGCACUGAUCCCGUUCUAGUGAGUUUUGUAAAAACAAGUCAACAAAGAUGCUGAUUAAAGUGAAGACACUCACUGGGAAGGAGAUAGAGAUUGACAUAGAGCCCACAGAUAAGGUGGAGCGGAUUAAAGAAAGGGUGGAGGAGAAGGAGGGGAUUCCUCCCCAGCAGCAGAGAUUGAUCUACAGUGGAAAACAGAUGAAUGAUGAGAAAACAGCAGCAGACUAUAAAAUCCAGGGAGGCUCUGUUCUCCAUUUGGUUCUUGCUCUGCGAGGAGGACAGAUGCACAGCUCUCCCAGAAGCCUCUACUUCAAGCCUGCAUUGUAGCCAUCACUACAAAACAUGCCUUAGCUUUUGCAAUGCCUACACUAAGAGGAUACACUGAAGACACACAGCCACCAGUUGCGGAGUCACCUGGUGGCACUGUAGGCAACACAGAGCCAUUGGAAGAAAGAGUUAGAUCAGGUUCUGCUUGUGGCAGCCUCUUCCCCUCAGCCAAAAAUGUGUUGGCUGCAAACAUUUCCCCCACCGUUAAUGGCAAGACACUCCACAUGUAGGCUGGUGGAAAAGUUACUUUCAAAAUGAAACAAGGUUUGGCUAUAGAUUCACAACCCAGAGAAAAUUUGUGUGUGUUAUUUCUACAGGUCUAAAUUUCCGAAAGCAUUUAAGCAGAGUUAUCAUUUGUUCCACUGACCCGCAAUGAAGUAGAGAUAACAGUAGCAUAAAGAUGUUUUAGGGAUACCCAUGUUUGGAUUACAGUGUUUGCCUUCACAGUGUGACACAAACUAAGGUUUACUUGUUCCACUUCAUAAAUGUUUUAUUUUGUUCUCUUCAAAUUGCCCCAGCUCACAGUAUAAUUAUCUGAAGAGAGUGGUAUUCAAACUCAAACUAUUCCUAUUAGGGAAAACAAGAAAUUAAGGACAUGUUUUGUGUGCUUUGUGUGUCAGGAAAACCUCCUGCCACCUACUCUAAAUCAUGUACCGCAUUGUGUGCUUUAAUCCUGCUACAUAAAGAAACUACACAGGUCCAUUCAGAAGGAUGUUUUAUAAUUGAUAGAUAUCUGCAGUGAUUUGUUUUUGUCCUGAUUGCAUAUUUUACUUUUCCAAGAAGACAAGGAGCAUGCCAACUAUGGUCCUGUCUGACAACAGCUUCAGUUUACAUGGAUUAUUAUGAUUAAUUUGUAUGUUCAGAGACGCAAUGUUAACUUUUGGGAUUGCUGUGUAAGCACCCAUAUGCCCCUCAUCCCCUUAGUGUGUACAGGAUUGUGUGAAACUGGCCUAUGCUGUGGAUUAGUUUGUGAGUGUAAUAAAAUUAUGUUAAUGCCAA